UGGCUAGCCCCAGCUGGCGGUGUGGACGUCCCCUCACAAACGAGCAACCCGAGCCGGAGUUUGGACCCCCGCCGAGACCCGGUCGCGGAACCGCAACUUCCUGCGUGGCUUCUCGCGAUCUUUUUGUCGUCUCGGAAAGUUUUUUUGUUGUUGUUGUAAUUCACCCAUCGGGUUAUGGGACACUAAAGAAACUUUCUUUCUUUUCUCAAUUUUUUUUUUUUUUUAAUUUGUACAAAAACUUGCAAGCGAGGCUCCGUCAUUCUCGCCGUCAGCCAUGGGGAAACAGAACAGCAAGCUCCGCCCGGACGUCAUGCAGGACCUGAUCGAGAACACGGACUUCACCGAGCACGAGAUCACAGAGUGGUACAAGGGCUUCCUGCGGGACUGCCCCAGCGGCGCCCUGUCCAUGGAGGAGUUCAAGAAGAUCUACGCCAACUUCUUCCCCUACGGCGACGCCGGCAAGUUCGCCGAGCACGUCUUCCGCACGUUUGACGCCAACGGCGACGGCACCAUCGACUUCCGGGAGUUCAUCAUCGCGCUGAGCGUUACGUCCCGCGGCCGCCUGGACCAGAAGCUCAAGUGGGCCUUCAGCAUGUACGACCUGGACGGCAACGGCUACAUCAGCAAGGCGGAGAUGCUGGAGAUCGUCACGGCCAUUUACAAGAUGGUCUCCUCGGUGAUGAAGAUGCCCGAGGACGAGUCGACGCCCGAGAAGCGCACAGAUAAGAUCUUCAGGCAGAUGGACACCAAUCGAGAUGGCAAAUUGUCCUUGGAAGAGUUUGUAGAGGGCGCCAGGAACGACCCGUCCAUCGUGCGGCUGCUCCAGUGCGACCCGAGCAGCGCCGGCCAGUAAACGCCGGGUCGCUCUCUUCUUCUCUUUUUUUUUUUUUGGGGGGGGGGGGGGGGGGUUAGUUCAUCAUCCAACAACAACAAAAAAAAUAAAAUAAAAAAAAAAAAUGCCACAUUUGAAGGACACCUCUGAAGGACGGUAUUGCUGUAGAAGUCAAUUGGAGCGGUACGGAACUGCACUGAAUCCACGUUUGCUGCCGGGCUUUUUUUUUUUUAUUUUAUUGCACCGGAAAGAGUCAGCAGGUGACAAGUUCUGGAAGUGGAGCAUCAUGGGAAAUGUAGUUUUUCCUUUCUUUUUUUCAAAUUCUGAAGGAUUUGAACGCACAUUUUUUGUUUGGAGGAAACGUGUUACACGGUCGACCCCCAAAUGAGUCGCACGCUGGUCGGACUUUUAGAGCUGCAUUUAAUAGUUUUUGGUUUGUUUUUCAUAUUUGAAAAAAAAAAUGCUUCAACUUGAGCUCAACGAUGGUGGUUGCAAAAAAAAAAAAAAAAACCCCACAAAAAAAUCAGCGUCUUCAUCACUUUCAAUAUGAGAUUGUGAAUCAAAGUAUUUUUUCCUGUAAUUUUAUUGAAUUUUGAAUCAUUUUAUAAUAAUUUCGACUGCAUUCAAAACUGAAAAUUGAGUGUUCGAUUAAAUGCGAAAAAUAUGCAUUAUUUUCAACAUGAAAAACAAAUAUUUUUGUAAUUUUUUUAUGAAAGUCCGCAUUGGAAAAUAAUUAAAUCUAAUUUAAUAAGCUACAUAUGGCCGACUGAUUAAUACCUUGAUGUUCUUCGUGUGAAUAUAUUACAUUUUCACCAUUUUAUCCAAUAAAAUAAGCCUAGUAAUAAUUGUAAAAAAAAUUGUAAAACGUUUGAUUUUUUAAAAAUAAUUAAUUUUCACCAAACAAAGUUAAAAUCGCUUCAACUUUAAAUGCUGACGGUCCGCAUAAUGAAAUAAUUAAAAAAAUUAUUUUACAUGAAUUUAUUUCCCUAAAAAAAAUUGAUCUAACUCCGAAAUUGUCCAGCGGAAUAAUCAUUUUGGGCUUGACUGUAUGUUUAUAUUUUUCACAACUUUAAAAAUGCAAAAAAAACAAAAAACUGCAGUUUUAAGAUGAUGUAUAGUAUUCCAUUCUAUUAUGAUGAAUUGUUUGAAAAAAAUGUGUAAAUUAUUAUGUGAUGUUUUUCUUUGACUUGAAAGGACAAAAAAAUAUAUGUAUUAUAUAAUGAAUAUUUAUGCUAGACUGGGACCGUGACGUGGCCACGCCACAAAAUGGCGUCGCCAGACGUUUUUCCCCCAUAAUGUCCCAUUUUUUAGGAUUAUUUUGUCCUACACGUUUUUUUUUUUUUUGUUUUCCUUGUACUUCACGCUUUAAAGCUGCACCAAAUUUCAAUUUCCAAGAUUUAAUAAGUAUUUUGAUUCCCCCCCCCCAUCCCUGCUGGUGUGAAGGCACAAAACUGUUUUUUUUUUGUGUGUGUGUGAGAGAUGGAAAAAAUUAUUUGAAAAGAUAACGACUGUGACGACGAGGGCAUUGAAGGCCGUCAAGCAUCUUGUGGUCAAAGUGCCAAACAUUGAUGAGUCAAAAGGGUGUAAAUAUAUAUAUAUAUAUAUAUAUAUAUAUAUAUAUAUACAUACACACACGACGUGACGUGACGCAGUAUUGCAUCAUUUCUACUGUACACUUGUUACCUGUCGAACAAACGAGGACGUCCCUCCCCAUCGUGUUUUCUUUUUGAGAUUUUCUAUUGUUAACGUUCUGCGUAGGAUGUCCAUUUUUGUUUAUUUAAAAAUAAAGACAAA